GGGAGCGCCAUGGCCCGCGCACGCCAAGAGGGCAGCUCCCCGGAGCCCGUAGAGGGCCUGGCCCGCGACAGCCCGCGCCCCUUCCCGCUCGGCCGCCUCGUGCCCUCGGCCGUGUCCUGCGGUCUCUGCGAACCCAGCCUGCCCGCCGCCCCAGCCCUGCUGCCCGCCGCCUACCUCUGCGCCCCCGCCGCCCCGCCCGCCGUCACCGCCGCCCUUGGGGGCCCCCGCUGGCCUGGGGGUUCCCGCAGCCGGCCGCGAGGCCCGCGCCCCGACGGUCCUCAGCCCGCGCUCUCGCCGGCGGAACAGCACCUGGAGUCACCCGUGCCCAGCGCCCCGGGGGCCCUGGCGGGAGGUCCCACCCAGGCGGCCCCGGGAGUCCGGGGAGAGGAGGAGCAGUGGGCCCGAGAGAUCGGGGCCCAGCUGCGACGGAUGGCGGACGACCUCAACGCGCUGUACGAGCGGCGGAGACAGGAGGAGCAGCGGCUACACCGCCCCUCGCCCUGGAGGGUCUUGUACAAUCUCAUCAUGGGACUCCUGCCUUUACCCAGAGGCCACGGCGCCCCCGAGAUGGAGCCCAACUAG